AUGUCCGCUGGGCUGACCUCCUCUGGGGGCGGAUCGAACACCGCCGCCGCCGUCUCUUCCACCGAUUCCACCAUAGUCCAGGCACCUGCGCCUCCCAUGCCCGCUCCUACCAGCGCCAGUGGCGCGUCCUCCAACAAGCGGAAUAGCCCCAACGAUGCCGCGACCACCGGUGGCCUUUCCCAGGCCCUGGGCCACGACGGUUCCACCCCUAAACGGUUACGCUCCAAUAACCCGUCGGUCAAGGUGCUCCCGGCUCAGUACGAACUGGCCGAUCCGCGCGACCUCGUAGUGUUGAUCUCCAGCAUGCUUAUGGAACUCAUCCGCUACAACGACAAGAUCCCGUUGAACCAGGGUCGUUUGACACGUUUCCAUUCGCGCACGCCGCCUCGCAUCUCCGUUCAGGACUAUCUGCAACGACUGACGACCCACGCCACGCUCUCCCCGCCCAUCCUCCUCAGCAUGGUGUACUACAUUGACCGACUCUGCGCCCUCUACCCCGCCUUCACCGUGUCCAGUCUGACUAUCCAUCGGUUCCUGAUCGCGAGCGCCACCGUUGCGAGCAAAGGCCUGAGUGACAGCUUCUGGACGAACAAGACCUACGCCCGGGUCGGGGGUAUUAGCAUGGCCGAACUGGCCCUCCUGGAGCUGGAAUUCCUCUUCCGGGUGGAGUGGCGGAUUGUGCCGCAGCCGGAGGUGCUGGUGGACUACUACCAGAGUCUGGUGGAGCGAUGCGAGGGGUAUGAGAUCGAGCGAGAAGCCCUCGAUUCCACCUUUCCCCGCGACCCCUCCCACCCUCUCAGUCACCUCCGCCGCUUCGCCAAAUACCCCCAGCUACCACCGGACGUGCGCGCCGUGCUCGUCCCAGACGACCGCACACCCUCCCCACAGACAAUCUUCGCGCUCAUCCCGCCGCCCCUCCCAGACCGCGACGCGCUGCAAUCCAUCCUCACGCCGUUUGCGCCCGCCCCGACAGACAGCGCCAAUGCAUCGCAUGAACCCACCACGCAAGACAAAGAACAACCCAGCACCAACACCAACGACGCAACAAAAAUCCCCCUCCACACCAUCCCCGUCCCGCUCCAGCCCCCGCUGAACCAAUCCCAGGCCGAAAAAUGGACCUCCACCAUCUGGCCCGUCGUGUACAACCCGGCCGCGCCGCGCGCCACCAUCGCCCCGCCGCCGCAGAUCCUGACCCGCGUGCACGACAGUCUCAAGCCGCGCGCGGGCAUGUACCUGGCGCUUGCGCGGCGGGUCGCGCGGGAGGCCGAGCAGAGCGGGUGCGGGCGGCGGGUCGGUGCGGUGGUUGUGGACCCGGCGAUUGAGGCGCGGUUGGAGGCUGCUGCUGAAAGUGGAAGUGAAGGGGAAGGGUUGCGGUGGACGGAGGCGAUUGUUGCGGUUGCGGGGGACGCGCGGUAUGCGCGGCGCGAGGGGGGCGCGAUGUCGACGGCGGAGGUGCGGCUCGGCGCGGGCCCAAACCCUGCGGCGCGGACGUAUAAUGCGGACGAGGAGGGUGGGCCGGAGCUGCAUGCGCUGAUGCGGGCUGUCGAGCUGGUUGCGAGUCGGCGGCGCGGGGAGAAGCUCGAGACCCUGCGGGUGAGUCCGCUGGAGGGGUAUUUUCUUGCGCUGACGGAUGGGACGGUGCGCGAGGGGGAGGAGGAGGAUACGGUGCCUCCGGAGAAGUGUCUGAAGAACGAGGAGGGUCGGGCGGUGGCGACGCAGCGCGCGGAUGGGGAGGGGGAGGGGUCCUCGACGCCGCGGAUCCGCUCGCGCAGUGAGGGCGGGUAUCUGUGUACGGAUCUGGACGUGUAUGUGUCGCGGGAGCCGUGUCUGUGCUGCUCGAUGGGGAUGCUGCUGUCGCGGUUUCGCGCUGUGGUGUUUCCUCGGCGCGGACGCAUGGUCACCGGGGGGCUGGCGUCGGCGCCGGUGGUGGUCCCUGUUGCGGAUGGGGAUGAGAGUGACACGGUGGAGGAGUCGGGGCAGCCGGAGCGUUUGUACUAUGGGCUGCAUUGGCGGAAGGAGUUGAACUGGCGGGCGUUGGGGUUUGAGUAUAUCGAGGAGGGGGAGGAUGAGGAGAGGGCGUAUGAUGAGGUGUCAUAUCAUGCGUAG